CUCUCAACACCCGGUACUCCCAAGAUGUCCAAGUUCGCAUCGCUCCUCGCUUUGCUCGCCGUCGUCCCCUCCCUGGCCUACGCCCAGUCUCCAAUCUACGGACAGUGCGGUGGUAUCGGCUGGACGGGAGCUACCACCUGUGUCUCUGGGUCCGUCUGCUCCAAGCAGAACGACUACUACUCGCAGUGCAUUCCGGGCGCUGGUGCACCAGGAACCACUGUUGCACCCACGACCGCACCCACGGCUCCCGCAACCUCGGCCCCUGGUGGUUCUCCUACGACCGUCUCGGCUCCGAGCACGCCUUCGAGCACCCCCGCUGCCGGCAACCCCUUCACUGGCUUCCAGGUCUACCUGAGCCCCUACUACUCUGCUGAGAUCGCUUCUGCCGCUGCCGCCGUCACCGACUCUUCGCUGAAGGCCAAGGCCGCGAGCGUCGCCAACAUCCCGACGUUCACCUGGCUCGACUCCGUCGCGAAGGUCCCCGACCUCGGCACGUACCUCGCGGACGCGUCCUCGAUCCAGACGAAGACCGGCCAGAAGCAGCUCGUGCCGAUCGUCGUGUACGACCUGCCCGACCGCGACUGCGCGGCGAAGGCGUCCAACGGCGAGUUCAGCAUCGCGGACGGCGGCGCGGAGAAGUACAAGGACUACAUCGACCAGAUCGUCGCGCAGAUCAAGCAGUUCCCCGACGUGCGCGUCGUCGCGGUCAUCGAGCCCGACUCCCUCGCGAACCUCGUCACGAACCUGAACGUGCAGAAGUGCGCGAACGCGGAGGCGACGUACAAGGCGAGCGUCACCUACGCGCUCCAGCAGCUGUCGUCCGUCGGCGUGUACCAGUACAUGGACGCCGGCCACGCGGGCUGGCUCGGCUGGCCCGCCAACAUCCAGCCCGCGGCGACGCUCUUCGCGGAGAUGUUCAAGAGCGCGAACUCGUCGCCCUUCGUCCGCGGUCUUGCCACUAACGUCGCGAACUACAACGCCCUCACCGCCGCCUCCCCCGACCCGAUCACCCAGGGCAACCCCAACUACGACGAGUCGCACUACAUCAACGCGCUCGGCCCGAUGCUGAAGUCGGCCGGUUUCCCCGCGCAGUUCGUCGUCGACCAGGGCCGCGCCGGCCAGCAGAACCUCCGCCAGCAGUGGGGCGACUGGUGCAACAUCAAGGGUGCCGGCUUCGGCACGCGCCCGACGACGAGCACCGGCAACCCGCUCAUUGACGCGAUCAUCUGGGUCAAGCCCGGAGGCGAGUCCGACGGUACCUCCAACAGCUCGUCGCCCCGCUACGACAGCACAUGCUCUCUCUCCGACGCGACGAUCCCCGCACCCGAGGCUGGAACCUGGUUCCAGGCGUACUUCGAGACCCUUGUGUCGAAGGCCAACCCGCCGCUGUGAGGGGAAGAGGGAUGGUGUCCGCAGUUGUUCCCGCUCUGUACUGUACCUGGUCCAAAAUCUAGGGGUCUCUUUCGUUUUGCUCUC